GGGUUCCCUCUUUCUUUUACACCCACCCAUUUCUCUUUCUUCCUCUGAAUCUCUUAACUUUCUUUUGAAAUAGAGUAACACUGGAAAUAGCCCUCUGCAGUGUUUGUCUCGUCACUUUGACUCGAAGCGCGUGGAAAAUUUGGGAGCAGAUACACUUGAGACGCUUAAAACCAAGAGAUUCCAACACUCUUCCGCGAAAUAUCCCCAGUCGCACCCCGAGAUCGUGGGUUUCACCCUUUUGCCCUUUAGUCUUAGCUGAAUUUUAUUUAUAAAACCAAGACCCUUUUCAAACCUUCCUUCCUCUCUCUCUCUCGCUCUCUCUCUCACAUUGGGUUUUCAUUUUCUUGUGUUUGUAUCUAUUUCGGGGUUUCAUUAAUGGCAGCUCCAAACAUGGCGGCGAUUACAGCGUCGCUGGAGAGAUCUAUGCAAAACUGUUCACUAAACCAAAGCAGUGGCGGCGGCGACGACGGAGCAAGCGCCGGCGUUGGCUUCUCAUCAUCAUCCGAUUCGCCGGAAAAUCAAGUCUCGAGUGCCUCGGACGUCACCUUGGAGCUUAAUUCCCAAAUCUCUCUACCUUACUUUUGGGAGCAGUGCCUCGAUCUGAAGACUGGCGAAGUAUAUUACAUAAACUGGAAGACAGGGAUGAAAGCAAAGGACGAUCCGAGGACGCUGGCUGAUCAGUUGAACGACGAGAUUUACUCAGAAGACGAAAGUUCAUAUGAUAGUGAAGAGUCCUCUUUAGAGUCUUCACCAACAUCUUCAAGAAAUCAGCAAUACCAUCAUCAUAUUGAGCAGAAAGAUCAUGUCUUGGUCGUGGCCGGGUGCAAGAGUUGUCUAAUGUAUUUCAUGGUUCCCAAACAGGUUGGCGUUUGCCCCAAAUGCUGCGGUCAACUCCUCCACUUCCAUCGAUCCGAGACUGGCUCUCCAUGAUCAAUUCAAAUUACUCAUGUUACACAUAUUGCAUCUUGUUCUUCUGUCCUGAUCCUUUUCUUAUUUAUUUAUUAUUUUUUUGGGUGGAAUUUAAACCUCUUCCUCCAUCUUUUCAUCCAUGUACUCUGAUAGAUAAACUUCAGUGUGGAUCGAUGAAAUGAGACAGAUUCUGAAUUUUGGUCUUUUCCCCCCUUUUCAUUCUUUCUUUGUUUUUAUUUCCGAAGACGCCAUUGAAGCUUGCAUACAUGAGUUCUCAAUCACUGAUGUAUUAAAGUAGAGAAGAAUGAAAGAAUAAAAAUACUGACUGUGUAUUGGUAA